AUGAGGAGCUCUUGUUCCCGGUUCGAGGCAAGAUGGAGUUUGGCAGUGAUCGCAGUUCAGCGAGGCAAGGCAGGUGCAGCCACGGCUCCUGCCUCAUCAGCUAAAUCUGAACCUCCUUCCGAACCACGCGCAGACCACGCGCUCAACGUCCUUCCUCAUGUCAUAGCCUUCUUCUUCUUCUUUCUCCCUCAAUUUUUUCUUUCCAUCUUCCUCUGGUCAUUCAUCCUCGCCAUAAACUUGAACCGCGAAACUCCUCUCUUUUGUCUUUCACUUUCAUUCCGUGUUCUACUUCAUCUCAUCAUGUUUUCUCAACUAUUCAUCUUUGCCUUUGGCGUCACGGCUGCCCUUGGCCAAACAUCUUAUGGAGAGCAGUUUAAGUACUGGGGCUGUGCCACUGUUGACGCUGCCGGCUUCAGCAACCCAGUCCCUCUUCCCAAUGGGAUCUUGACUCCUGAAGCAUGCCAGGCCGCUUGCGCUGGCCAUAUGUUUGCCGCGGUGUCUCCUGAUGCCUGCCGUUGCGGAGAUGAUGCCAACGCCAUCAAGUCGGUCGACGAACACUCUUGCAACUACCCGUGUACUCAAGACCCCAACUCUCCCAUGUGCGGCGGAAUAUGCCCCGAGGGUACUCCCAGCAUCUCGAACUUGUUCAUCAUCGAACCGGCUGAGCUUCAAGCUUCCGAACCUGUGCCUCAGCUAGAGAAUCCGUUGAACCAGCCUGUGUCUAUCAAUGCUGUCCCUGCCUCCGUGGCUCCACAGGCUUCAUUUGCUUCUGACGCGCUCCCCGUGGCUACAUCGUCUCCUCUGCCAGGCGUUCCCCUUUCUCAGAGUGAGGUUGUUCAGGCUUCCCCACUGUCAACUGAGGCCGUUCAGCAACCCCCUGUGACAUCAGUUACUCCCCCAUCGUCGACUUCCAUUCCAUCUGAUCCUCCCGUCACCUCGUCCGAUCAGCCUAAGCAGUCACCUUCGCCGUCGACUAUCAGCUUCCCGUCUACUCUCACGCUGCCUUCAAGGGUAUCUCCGUUGGCCCCAGCAGCAAGUGCCCCGGAGUCUACGAAGGAGGUGCCUAGACUCCCGCCCAAGUUUCGAACAGAGCCUCCCACAAGUGAGACUUUGGUGACAGAGACGGGCUCUCUCCCCUCCGUAGCACCAACGCAGGUGGAUGUGUCAGAGUCGAGGCGGUUUGAGAUGUCGAUGCUGCGCACAAUUGGCGGUCUCCUGUUCGUGGUCAUCAUGACUAUUUAG